AUGGCAAUGGUUAUGACUGAUAAUCAACGCGAGCAGCAACAAGUUGAUAUCCCCUCUUUGCAAAUCAACAUAAAGGAAGCUCAGGAACAAAACCAAGACCCCGGAGAAGAUGUACUGAUACUGCUGGAAGACGAAGACGAGUUUCAUUUGGAUCCAAACGAGCAGGAAGAGAAUCAACAAGCAGUAUACUAUCUUCAAGAUCAUGAUGAGGAAGAAGAAGAGGAAGAUGAUAAAGACGACGAGGAGGAUCAAUUUAAUAUACCGCCAAAUACAGAAUUUCUACAGGAAGAGGAAGAGAUUGAAGGAGAUGAAGCAUUCUAUCUCGCUAACAGAACCUUCUACACAACAUGCCAUAAGAUCUCGCGUCAGAACAGCCCAUCAUAUAGGAAGAGACCGCCUUAUACCUUUCUCGAAAACUGGUUGAUACACAGCGUAUUCAGCAAAUCGCAACAGAUUCUUUUGAGAUUUCCUGUGAUACAUCCCAAAGUGAUGAUGACUGAAGGCGACUUUAUUUAUACCCCGCAUCAGAUGGCUACAGAAAGCACAAAUGAAUCUGAUAAUCAGCAGCAGCAGCAGCAGCAAUACUAUCAGAACGAUGAGCAUCAAGGACAGCAAAUGGAUUAUGAAUACGGCGAUGAGGAAGAAUACGACUAUUAUGAUGAUGCUUUCAUUAUUGGAGACGAAGGCGUGAUGGUCAUGAGUGCUUCGGCUCCCGAUGCUUCACAGUUUAUGGCUGAGGAUGAGGAUGAAGAGCAAGAUGAGUUACAUGCUUCGUCGCUGGUGAUGGAUGAGAACAUGUGGAUGGGCCACAGUCGAUAUAAUUCUAGCGGGUUGACCCUUCAUGUUGUUAAUCCUGAUGACAAACCAGAGGAAGACGAUGAUCCAAUGUACCACAGCGUAGUUAGCUCCAACAACCCAUACAAAUCACUGGUCCACAAUAGCAAUUCGUAUCAAGGUCAACUCCAAAUGGUGCAAGAAGAGGAGGAGGAGGAAGAGGAGGAGGAGGAGGAGGAGGAGGAGGAGGAGGAGGAGGAGGAGGAGGAAGAUAGAUAUGAGGAAGAAGGGGAUGAGCGAAUUGCAACGACAAAUCAAGAUAAAUACAACGCAGCACUUGAGGGCCAGCACAAUUACCAGCCAGCAGAAGGUGCUUUCGACACAGAUGCACACAACAUGAACCUUUCAAUGUCACCAGAAGUACUCAACUGGUACCGCUCAGCAGAUUUACGGCCUGUUACUCUUAGUACGCCCAUCGUGGUAGACGAUAGUAACGCAUUAUUAGCACCAUUAAUUAGCUGUGAUAACGAACAGCAACAACAUCAUUCCCCUCAUCACCAUCACCAUCAUCAACAACACCAACAACAUCAUGCUCAUUGUGGAUGCAGUAGCAGUAGCAGCAGUACCAGCAGCGAAAACAGCUCUUGCAGCAUAAUCAGCAACAGUAGUCAGCGCACAGACCUUCGUACAGUACAUUCCGACGAAAAGUCCAUUACACAGCAUUCGGCAGGUUCAUAUCAAUCUUUGGCAGACAUUUUAAUGGAAGAAGAGGACAUGCAGCAUCAUCAGAUCAACUCCUAUGGUACUCUACUACCAACGCAUUAUCAGAACCGAUCCUUGACCAUCACAGAUUACAAUGACACUCGCCACCAUCCUUAUCCAUCAAAUGCAAUUUCACCCCUCAUGCAGGUGUCUGUAUGCCUUGUUGAUGCAGCUUGGGUUGCUCUUGACCUAGCGCAAGCCUAUGUGGAAGAAGCACCUGGAAAUAAGGGGGCUAUUGGGUUUAUUACAUGCAUGUUUAGAAUAUGGAAAGUCUUGUUUUUGGGUGCGGAAACAAUGCUAGGAUGGGGCAAUCAUCGUUUGAAUCCUCAGGCAGUUGUUUAA